GCUUUCCUCAUUAAUGUCAUCUAUGUUGAAGUCCCCAAAUUUGCAGACUAGGAGAAAAUUCUCCAGACGGGUCUGAAAACCCCAAGUAUGAGUCAGUCCUGUCCAAGUUUGAAGACCAUUGUGUGGGAUUCGACCCAAAUUCCAAGAAAGUGGAAAACACCAAAACAGCAAUCUCACACAUCAGGAGAUUUUUAAUCUUCACUGGUGAGGGGAGACUGCUGCGUGGCAAUUUCCUCUUUCUUAAAAAACCAUCCUGUAUCUCUGAAUUUGCUACUCAUCUUUCCCAAGAUGGACUUCAGCCGACAACAAUUCGUAUUCAUCUCCUCAACAUAAAAAAGUUUCUCAAGUACCUUGUGUACAUGCCUGCACAUGAGACAAAAUUGACGGGUGUGGAUUUCCGCCGUCUGCAGAUGGACAUCCAGGCCCGUUUGAAAGACCUGGGAACGUCUGUGGUGUCACACCGCCAGAAAGUUAGGAAACAACAGUCCAAAACCAUUCUGGACAAGCAUGAUGCCAGGAGUUUUAGGCAGGAAGUGAAGAAAAUCCUUUCUCGUAAAAUCAAGCGUUUGGAGAGUAAUCCUCGUCGCGAAAUUCUGGACCAGAUAUUUGGCCUCAUGGCCGGAUAUUUCAUUUCCAUUAGUGGCCAUCGAAAGGGAGUUCUACAGAACAUGUUGGUCACAGAGGUCUUGGAGGCAGAAUUUGAGGAGGAGAAUGGCAUAAUUGAGGUUAAGAGCCACAAAUCAGCGAGCACCUAUGGUUAUGCCCAGCUCUCCGUAACAGCCAAAGAGUAUGAGUGGUUCACUGCAGUCCUGGACCUCCGUGGCAAGUUUCCCGGAGGAGACUCCCCUUACUUUUUUUUCAAUAGGGCGGGGGGGUGUUGUAGACGUCUCCUUGAGUUAUUUCAGACUGAGUGGACGAGGUUGGGAUUUGGUGGGAGGUACACAUUCAAGAACCUCAGAACCUCUGUCGUCCACCAUACCAAGAAUAUCAGCCCAAAAAAGAAGCAGCGUAUACAUAGAGCCAUGUGCCAUUCAGAUGAUGUAGCAGCUCGCUUCUAUACAACGCAGAACACUGCAUCUGAGGCUGCAGAGGUGAGGAAACUCCAGGCCCCUGACACCGAUUCCCCUGACCCACCCAGGUCGUCUGCUGCCUCCGCUGCCAGCUCAUCUGUCCCUCCUGCCGCUGCCAGCUCAUCUGCCUCUGCUGCCGCUGCCAGGUGGUCCCCCAGCCCUGAGGACAAGAGGCAUCGUGUCAAAUCCAAGAGGCGCUUGUUUGUUGCGUCAUCGUCAGAAGAAGAGGACGAGUUCAUUGGCGAUUUAGGAAAUUUUUCGGACGUCUCCAAUGCCUCUUCUGAAUCAAUCCCAAUUCAGACCUCAGGAAUUUGUUAUGUCCAGGGUACUGCCAACAGCCCUCCAAGGGAUCUAUUCAUCCUGAAGACCCCCAAAAAGUCUAUGGAGUCCAUCUCCAAUUACCACUUGAUCGGGCAGGACCCAUCACCUGGUCAUUCAUACCUGGGCCGUCCGGUUAAGGUGGCAGAUGGGGAUUUGGCCCUCCUGAGGUCUUCCCCAAGAGUCAAACUGGGCCGAUUGGACGAGAAGCGCAUUCCUCGUUUUCCCCUCUGCCCCCUUUCCUACGGCAAGCAAGACAGUACUAGCGAGGAGGAGGACAAUGUUGAAGAAAUGGUUGUAGAGCCCAAAACGUGCAUCCAAAACAUGCAUUUUAGGAACCCAUAA